GUAGUCACUCGGCUCAGCGAAUAGAAAUAAUUUCUAUUCCCUCGCUAUAGUUCAUUUCAACUAGUCCGAUUACUGGAUUUAGCUCACGCGGGAUAGAGCAGUGCUCGGCAGAGUUCACUUCUCGGCCGAUAACUCGGCACGUGUAAACUAGGCGCAUAAUAUAAUAUUAUAUAGGUACCAAUAUCAUGUACCAACUACCAAUACCGGUCAGAACUCGGUGAGUUUAAGUCGAUUAACGCUACUGGCUACGAGCAUUAAUCGACCUAUACGUUAGAUAUCGUCGGGCCGUCGUCGUCGUCGUCCGUUGCGAAAAACGCGCAUUCGUUCAUAUUUGUGUUGCGAUAAUCGAAACACGAAACAGACAGGUGCGUCACGCUUUUGUACCAACCGAAGAACAAUAACUAAUAUUAUACAUCAACGACAUCAUGGUGGCUUCAUAAUAUUAUUGUUCAGAGGCAAGUCUAAUGUUCCACCCACCCGGCAAACCCCGGUAAAGGCAUCGCUACCGUCAUAAUAUUCUUAAUAACCCACGUUGGAGUAAACAAUAAAGUACUACUUAAUACUAAAUAAUCAACCACCCAACCACCCACCGACUGACCCUUAAGACAUAUUCAGAGGCGGCCGCCCCUCUAUUACUUCCUGGGCCACGCCACUGCGACGAGAUGCGGUGGUCACCACCGUCGUCCAGGCUGUCGGCGGUCGUCGUGCUAGUGGCAGCGUUGACGUGCGCUACGGACGCCGCGAGGAUAUUGGCCGUGGAGACGAUGGCCGGCAUAAGUCACUGGAACUUCAUGAGCGGCGUGCUGCGGGCGCUUGUCGACAACGGUCACGAGGUCACCACAUUUACGCCGUUUCCGUCGGCGGACGGCCACCGACCGCGGGACAACUACACUGAGGUGGACCUGUCCCGGGAACUAUUGGCCGCCCGGGACGGCCAGGUGCUGGACGUCAUGCAAAAGUGGCGCACGCCCGUCGGCAACGCGUUCCAGUGGGUGCGACUAAGCCGGGACACGUGUGACAAGAUCUACGGCCACCCGGCGAUGAGGGACUCGCUGCGGCCGCACCGGGACGGCCGCCCGCCUUUUGACGUCGUCAUCAUCGAACCGUUCUUGUCGGAUUGCGUGUCUUACGUGGCCGUUCAGCUGGGCGUGCCGCUUGUUUUCGUCACGGCGCUGCCGGCCGUCGGGUUGAUGGAACGCGCGUUCACCGGCCACGCGGCCAACCCCGCGGCCGAGUCACACCUGGUGGCCGGUCACGGGGUUCCCAAGACUUUCGCGCAGAGGCUGAGCAACUCGGCGCUGUUCGCGUACAGUAACGUCGCUGUAGAAUACGUGGACAGGGUGCUCAAGUACACCGAGCCCAGGGAGUACGAUACGGUACCACCCGUCAUGCCGUCGCUGGUGUUCGUCAACGGCCAUUACGUCAGCGAACCGCCCAACCCCGUCCUGCCGUCCGUCAUCCAUGUCGGCGGCAUCCACCUGAGACCGCCCAAGACAUUGCCAAAGGAUAUAUUAGAGUUUAUUGAAGAAUCCUCACAUGGUGUCAUUUAUUUCACUUUUGGUUCAACUGUUAAAAUGUCUUCAAUGCCAGAACACAUCAAAAAUGCGUUUAUUAAUGUUUUAGGUCAAAUUCCUCAGAGAGUUUUAUGGAAAUAUGAAGAUGAAUUAGAGAACAAACCGAAAAACGUAAUGAUGAAAAAGUGGCUUCCCCAACGAGAUAUACUAAUGCACCCUAAAGUUAAACUAUUCAUUAGUCAUGGUGGUAUAUCCGGAUUAUAUGAAGCUGUGGAUGCCGGUAUCCCAGUCCUUGGGUUUCCUUUAUUUGGUGAUCAACAUAGAAAUAUAGACAAUUUAGUCAAUGCUGGGAUGGCGAUCUCAAUGGACUUAUUUUCUGUGUCUGAAGAAACAUUCUUAAAACAUGUUUUAGAACUUAUCAACAACAAAAAGUACAUGAUAAAUGCUAAAACUACUUCCAAUAUAUUCAAAGAUAGACCGAUGACACCAGCACAAUCGGUUGUUUACUGGACAGAGUAUGUUCUUCGUCACAAAGGUGCACCACAUUUAAAAUCUCAUGCGGUUAAUCUAACGUGGUAUCAAUAUUACUUAUUGGAUGUUAUUUCUUUUGCAAUAAUUUUAAUUUCUGUAGUUUUUUUUGCAAUUUACAAAAUUGUAAAAUGCGUUUAUAAAUGUACUUCAAUAUGUUAUAGUAAUGUGAAAGCAAAGAUCGAAUAGGCAAUAAACUAAUAAUACCUAAAUAAUAAUUAAUUAUAUUACAAAACUAUUCAAUAUUUGCAUACAAUUAUAAUUCUUUUUUAUUUCCAUUUUGCUACAUUUUUUUUUUACACAAUAUGUACUUAGCAUAUCAUAUUAUCAUAUCAAUGUGUAUUGAUAUAAUUCUAUACCUAAUCUAUCGAUGGUAAAUACACCGGGGGCGACGAGCAACAUUUCUAAAUAUUAACAACACCAUGAUGUUCAUUGGCUUGAACCUUUUUUUUUAGUCGUCAUUUUUCUCUAUACGUGUCAUUAUAUUUGGGUAGGUACAAUCAGUGGCGUGUUCGAAUUUUUAUUUUCGUGGGGGGGGGGGGGGGGGUAAAAUUAAUUUUAAACGAUUUAUAUCUGAAAAUAAUUUACUAAUAAAAAUGUUGUUAUUUUUUAUCGACUUUCAAGGGAGGGGUUACAAGCCCUACUCCUUGAUACGCCACCGGGUAUAUUGUAUAAUUAUAAGUUAUAGACCUAUAGUAAAUAUAAUAAGUCUUAUAUUAAAUAUAUCUUUAUUUCAGUUAUUAUUUUGAACUAUCAAAAUUUUUUUAAAAAUAUUAUCUUAUUUUACCAUAAAUAAUCAUGUAUUGAACAGUCAUACCUAGCUUAUUAUAAGCCCAAAAUAUUUAAUAGUUAGUAACUUUAAUUAUUUAUAU